AUGGAGGAGGUCCAAGGCUGCUGGCAGGAAGCAAAGCGCGCGGAUAAAGCUGCUGUCCAACUGUUGAGGAUCCGGGCCGCGUUGGGCCUCGAGUUCUUCGAGCAGAUCACGGCUGUUUUGAGGGAAAUCGAAUCAGCAAGCAGGCUUCUACGGGACUUGUACGAUCUCUUUCCGAUAUACAGUUCCAGGGUCCCAAUAAUCCUCUACUAUCUCAAUAUUGUCCUCCCUUCUUUCUGCAAGACCAUCCAAAACAUGAUGGUCUACAUCGACAACGAUGCAUUUCCUGCUCACACGCAAUGGGCCGUUGUCUGCGAGCGUCUCGGGGAUCAAGGAGGCAUGACACUGCCCACUCGCUUCGUCAUGUCAGCCCUCUACGAUCCAACAACUCUGGAAUUGCUGCGUUUACGGCAUCUGCGCUUGAGGCAGUUGCAAUGCAUCCCAGCGCCGCACGUCUAUGCCGUCCCCCAUCAUGCCUUAACUCAACUCACCGAAGUGGAUCUCGAGCAGGGCAAACAGCGGCGCCAUUGGGCGGAGAAGAUAUUCGAUGACCAACCACUCUCGACGACCGGGCUGAGACAUAGGCGCGAGUCGAUGUGUUUUGGUCCGCCUAUGGUCGACAUCAAGCUAGGUAUUUCAGCUGGAUCAAGUGUGCUGUUCAAGUUACCGUUUGACAAGAACCGCCUAUCUGUAACCCUCUACCUCCAUCCCGAAGCACCAGACAUGACCAGAAUCCUAUGUAGAUGGCUCGAUCCAUAUAUGAAUCCACUGACUGCAUGCUAUGGCGUACAUGAACUUUGCGUGAGGAGGAAGGGUGCGGCGCUACAGUUUCGACGCUGGAGUCAGAAUGAGAUGUCGCCGAAGCUGUGGAUGGCGCUUUUUUUCAAGACUUGGGAGAAACUGGUGCUCUUCCACUCGGCUUUCGCAGCUCUCAAGUCACGCUGUCCGCUCACCAUCAGCGUCACUCCGGAUGAUGUGGUACUCAUGGGUGAGAAGAAGCUGUUCCAAGGCACGAUCGUCGACGACGGCUUCGAACACAGCCUUACUGUCCUUCAAGACGAGAAAUGUGGAGGCAUUAGGUUACAUGCUGCUGUCAAGUCUGGGGAGCUGAAAAGGUGUCCUGUCUGGACUACUUUUGUAACAAGGGAGUCCGAAUCUCCGCAAUGGCUAGAACGCCGUAGUCGCCAUCGAAUCUGGCUCCGAGGCAUCCGUCCCUACGUCUUCUGCCAGAAUUACCAGAAGCGACACCAAAUGAGGCAAGGUGGAGGAGUGUUCGAGCUGUAUUUCGUAGCCGAAGCUGCUGCUGAUGCCUUCCAAGACAUCUUUACAGACGGCUCGUCGGAUCGGGGGUCUCUUGUUGAAGUGCCUCAGAUGAGUGGCGCAAACGGACCGUAA